AUUCAUAAGAAAAACUAAUCUUUAGUUUGUUUUGAGACGAUUGUUUAGAUUGAUCGCCGUAACGCUAUACGUUCGAACGUUUAAACGAAUUUUUGUGUUUAAGGCUUAUCAUGUUAUCAUCGUUUCGAAUUGUCUUCUCGAUUGCCAUCUAUACGACGGUAAUGUACACGCUGCUGCUGAUCCAUAAUGUGGUUCUUAUCAAAAACUAUCAUGAGAAUAUAAAAAAUGCGAAAGAAAUGGAUUAUACGUCAUAUGAAGAUGAUAGCGAUUAUGAUGGUAGUAGACUGAGGAUGGAUGAAUUUGAAGGCACCCAUGUUUAUACCGUAACCGAAGAACUGAAUUGGUAUGCUGUUAUGUGGACCCUGUCAGUGCUCCUGAUUGUAGGCGUAAAAUUGCAAAUCCAUCAAGCAAUUGCUCCAUGGCUGCUAAUGGGUGGUAUAGUCGUUGUCAUCGGUUUCAUUGCCGGCACCAUCAUUGGUAAUCCUGAAAAGUAUAUUUUGGAGCUUUCCGUAAUAGCUAUUCAAGCAGUGACGUGGAUACCCGUCUAUUUGCAUUACAAGGCGUUGCGAGAAAGUUUCUACUUCAAACCGAAGAAUUAUGUACGGCCCAACAAAUAUGCUGGAGCUAUGGAUUAGAAAUUCAUUAACUAAAUAAAUGAGUUGGUUAAAAUGUAUAAUAAUAAAAUUAAUAUAA